AUUCAAAUGCACCCACAAAGUAUUUGUAGCUAUUUGUGCGUUUACGUUAACAUAAGCGUAUAGUUUUGACAUACAAGCAACCUGUUUGUUACAAGUUGUAGACAAGUUUUUUUUUUUUUUAUCGUUGUGACCUCAUCGCGUACUGAUCGUGUGAUGAAUAUUCAUUGAAAGUUCUUCAGCUUUUACGACAGAGAGCGUGAGCGUGGUGGAAAUCGUAGGAAGAUGGCGGCGUUGAAGGAGGAGCAGAGCUACGGGCUGUCCUGUGGACGAGUGAGCAAUGGCAGCAAUGUAUCCGUUUUUCACGUCAAACUCACUGACAGCGCCUUAAAAGCCUUUGAAGGUUAUCAGAGCAGCAAGGGCCUGACCUCACCACUCAUCCGCUUCACCGGAAACCAAGGAAAAAUCGUAAUCCCUCGAUCGGAGAACCCCAGUGAGCUGCAGACGUUUACCUUCUACCUGUCCAACGUGGGCCGGGACAACCCCCAGGGCAGCUUCGAUUGCAUCCAGCAGUACAUCACCAGUGAGGGCGGUGUGCAGCUGGACUGUGUGGGAGGCAUCCAGGACAAGCUGACGGUGUGCGCUACAGACGACUCGUACCAGAAGGCCCGUCAGAGCAUGGCCCAGGCCGAGGAGGAGACGCGCAGCAGGGGGGCCAUCGUCAUCAAGCCUGGAGGCCGCUACCUGGGUAAGAAGGUUCAGAUCCGCAAGCCGGCCCCGGGGCUGUCGGAUGUGGCCCCCUCCAGGCGAACCUCUCGGCCAGUCAUCAUCUCCAGCAGCACCGGCAAGAAGGUCGCCACGACGACGCAGCCCCGCCCACUGAGGGAGCGGCUGACUCACCUGCUGGCUCUGAAGCCGUACAGGAAGCCAGAACUGGUGCUGAGGCUGCAGAAGGACGGCCUCUCUCCUCUGGACAAGGAUGCUCUGGACGGGCUGCUGCAGCAGGUGGCUAACUUGAGCGGGAGAGACAACACGUUCACCUUGAAGGAGGCUCUGUUCAGGGAGGUGCAGAGAGACUGGGCCGGCUACUCUGAGGGGGAUCAACAGCUGCUCAGGCGCAUCCUGGUCCGGAAACUGUGCCAGGCCCAGAGCAGUACAGUCCCUCCCCCAGAGCCCCCCCCCAGCCCCCCCAAGGAGCCCCCCAACAGCUCCCCCUCACAGAAACGCCCUGCGUCUGAGUUCAUAGACCCCCUGGCCAAUAAGAAGCCCAGGAUAUCUCACCUGGCCAGCAAGGCCACGGCCGGGACGAUCAACGGCAAGCUGAACGGGAAGGAGGCGGGUGGCGGCGCAGAGGGCGUGACAUCAUCAUCGUGCGCCCCGGGCCCCCUGCUGGAGCUGACCCGCCCCUUUGAGCCUCUCUCUGACGUCAGCAACGACUCCAGCCACAACGGCAGAGACCCCGACCCCCUGGAGGCCGUGGCUGAGAGGCUGAGCCAGCCCCCAGGCCCCCCUGCCCCCCCUGCCCCCCCUGGCCUGGCCUGUUCCUCCCCGGGACACCCCGCACCAGAGCCCCCCCGCACCAGCACCCCCCCCCUCCACGGCAAGUCCAAGAAGAAGUCCAAGAAACACAAAGACAAAGACAAGAAGGAGAGAGAGAGGGAGAGAGAGAAGGAGAGGGAGUGUGUAUCGGACCCUAAGAGGCCUUGUGAUGUAAUUUCCUCCAGCCCUGAAAAUCUCAAGAGCACCAGUAUUCCACACAGGAGCACAGAUGUGAACGGCGUGUGUGACAGUGCCAGUGUGCCCUCUUCAUCCUCCUACACGGCUGAUUACCUAACGAAGUACAGAGUGGUAGUAUCUCCAGAGCAGCGGCAGCUCUAUAAGAAUGACUUCAACAGUGAGUACUCUGAGUACAGAGGUCUGCAUGCCCGCAUCGAGGGCAUCACCCGCCAGUUCAGCCUGCUGGACACCCAGCUCAAACAGUUGCCCCAGGGAACCGACAAGUACAAGACGAUCCACAAUCAGAUCCUGCAGGAGUAUCGCAAGAUUAAAAAGACGAACCCAAACUAUAUCCAAGAGAAGAAUCGCUGUGAAUACCUACACAACAAACUGGCACAUAUAAAGAGACUGAUAGCAGAAUACGACCAUCAGCAGCUUCAGGACUGGCACUAGACUCCUCCCUCCUGCUGCUUCUCCUGCAGGUGUGGAGGAGGUGUGGAGGAGGUGUGGAGGAGGUGGGGAGGCCGUAUUGCUCUGGUGGAGUCAUCGCCCUCGAGUUCCAGACUUCAUCUCCUUUCAUCCCCUCCUUCCUCUCGUUUUGGAAGACUGGCGUGUUUAACCUGACACACACUCUCACACACACAGUCUCUUACAGUGUUGGAUGCCAGAUGAUGUGUGGUCUGUCUCUCUGCUGCACGUACCACCCCCCGUGUGUGUGUUCAGGGAGGAGGGGGUGGAGUGAGCAGGUGAUGUGUUGAGAACAGGAAGCAGGAAGCUGUUGUCAAGGACGUCUGCUAUGAUGGGUCCUGUACUGACAUGGAAGGUUCACAAGCUGAACUCAGUUUCACCAUGUUUAUUUUCCUCUGGCUUUUUAUUUAUUAUCUUAUUUUUGGUGGCUAAAGAAGGGGCUUCCUCCAUGGUGUGAGAGGGGGGGCUUCCUCCAUGGUGUGAGAGGGGGGGCUUCCUCCAUGGUGUGAGAGGGGGGGCUUCCUCCAUGGUGUGAGAGGGGGGGCUUCCUCCAUGGUGUGAGAGGGGGGGCUUCCUCCAUGGUGUGAGAGGGGAACUUGAUUACCCCCCUCCCUCCCCCCCCCCCCAGUCUGUGGGUGUCUGGGCCCUCUGGUGCAGGUCAUCACUGUAAUGAUCCUGUCUGAGAGAUGGAGCGGCUCUGAGAGAUGGAGCGGCUCUGAUGCAGAGAACACUUCCAGAUCUGCUUCUCAAGCGUCCUCUACUAAUGUCUUAACAUGGGAGGGGGUUUAGCCUUGGAUGGAUUAACCUGGGAUGGAUUAACCUGGGAUAGGGAGUCUUAACUAGAUGCAUGUGGCUGGAGGUGGUCCUGUCUCUUUCUCUAACCUCCCUCUCUCCUCUCUUUCUCUAACCUCCCUCUCUCCUCUCUCUCCUCUCUUUCUCUAACCUCUCUCUCUCCUCUCUUUCUCUAACCUCCC